AUGACAUUUAAAAGUUUUCUUCUCCGUCCAUUGGUCCUUCGGGAUGUCAGCAAUUUGAAUACAUCCGUUCACUUUUGUCUAAAUACUCCCUCAAAAUCUGCAAUACAAAAAAUACGAGAAUUCAAAUUCCCCUAUCCUAUCGGAAUUGCUCCUACAGCUUUUCAACGAAUGGCACACGAUCAAGGAGAAAUUGCGACUGUUAAAGCUGCCAGUGAAAUGAGUGUACCUAUGAUUUGUAGUACAUUAUCGACUACUCCUUUAGAGGAAGUGGCAAAAAAUGCUAGUGAUAAUGCAACUAUUUGGUUUCAAUUAUAUAUCUACAAAAAUCGAGCAUUAACAGAAAAACUUGUUCGGAGAGCUGAAAAGGCAGGGUUUUCUGCAUUGGUCUUAACAGUUGAUGCACCCCAUUUUGGCAGAAGAAGAGCUGAUGAAAGGAAUGAAUUUAAAUUGCCUGAACAUUUAAAGUACUAUUUUUUAAUGAAUUCGUUAAAAAUUGUUAAUAAAAAAGAAAUAUUUAGAGUUGCAAAUUUCGAGCAGGAAUCUAAAUUUGCCGAUAAUGAUGGUGCUUCAGGUGUAAUAGUUAAAGGAAUUAUGAGAGGGGAUGAUGCACUUUUAGCUAUUGAAGCGGGGGCUGCCGCAAUUAUUGUUUCGAAUCAUGGGGGCCGUCAAUUAGACUGUUGCAUGUCUACGAUUGAUGCCCUUCCAGAAAUUGUUGAAGCAGUUCAGGACAGAGUACCGGUAUUUGUUGAUGGAGGUUUUCGAACCGGUACAGAUAUUUUCAAAGCAUUAGCAAUUGCUGCCCAGUUAGUAUUUAUUGGACGUCCAAUUAUUUACGGAUUGGCUAUUGGGGGCAAGGAAGGUGUAGAACAUGUACUUAAAUUGCUUAAAACUGAAUUUGAUUAUGCAAUGAGGUUGUCUGGUUGUGCUACAAUUUCGCAACUUCGUUCUCAUAAGGAUAUUGUUGUUUAUCGAAAUAGAUUUUUUUCAAAGCUUUGA